AUGUGCUUCGAGUGGAAGAACCGGUUCGCCUGCGGCCACGUCGGCUUCAACAAGGUCGAGCGCUGCGAGCGCCUCGGCGCCGGCUGCUUCGGCCCGGACGGCUCCGAGCGGUUCGUCGACGUCGACGCGCCGUGCUACGACUGCCGCGCGCGCCAGCUGCGGCUGCAGCAGCAGCAGCACGAGGCGCUGGCCACGGAUGAUCCGUUCCGGCGGCGGCGGCGGAAGAGCGGGGGAGUGACGGAUUAUGGUCCCCAUCGGAUGGCGGGCAGAAAGCGCAGUGCGCCUGCCGACAGCAGCCCAAGGACCACGCGCUCCAGCGCGAGGGUCGCAGCCCAAAAUGCCGUCUCGCGGUCCAGCCCGAGGCGGACAACCGCAGGCAGAGAUGACGCCGUGCCUGACGUGUACCGCGAGAUGCUGGCCGCCGCGAGGGCCGAGAUGUCCGCCCAUGAUCCCGUGGUCUCCCAGCGGCCCUUGAAACGCAAGCGGCCGGGGGAGGGACGCCCCGCGCGAGCCGAACCGCCAACGGCGACGGCGACUGCUGCUAAGUCCGGCGACUUCGGCAAUCGAAAUCCCGAGAACCUGGCCUCUGAUGAUGCCUCCGAUGACGGCCUCGUCGAGUUCGAGGAUGUCGCCGUGCCGACGCCCGCAGUCCAGACGAUCCUGCGGGAGUCGGACGACGAAGAGGACGACGAGGACGACGACGAAAUCGACUUCGAAGACGUAGCAAUUGAGCCCGUAUCGUCGUCAGCUUCGGGGGUUGUCGGAGGGCCCCAGGGACUGAACCUGGACCUAUCCGCCCACAUGGCGUCCAUGGCCCCGCGCCGUGCGUCUCGUCGCAAGGCCAUCAGUAAAGAUGAGAAGGAGCGCCGCAUCCUGAUCCACAAAAUGCAUCUGGCCUGUCUUCUUGCACAUGUUGAACUCAGAAACCGGUGGUGCAAUGACCGCGAUGUCCAGGACGCCCUGCGGCCGCUGCUGCCCCAGAAGACGGUGGCCGCCUUAAUCCCCCGAGCCAGUCUCAACCAAUUCGGGCGCACCGAGUCGUUGAGGAAAGGUCUUCAGGAGGCGAAAGACCUGUUCAAGCUGAAAUAUUCCAUCACCGAGCGCGGGUUGCGGAGGGCCCUGUGGGCUGAGGAUGAAGAACAGCUCAAAGAUUACCAACUCCCCGACGACAUCGAAUCCACCCUAGACAAGAGUGACUUCCUCGAGGCGGCCAAGACGCUCCAGGGCUCCCGCGACGUGGGUGCUCAGCUGUUCUGUGCUAUGCUCCGAUCCGUCGGAGUCGAGACCCGACUGGUCUGCUCGCUGCAGCCUCUGUCCUUCGCGCCCGGCGCCCCUUCAAUGCCGAAGCAACGGAAAUCUCAAACACCCCAGAAACAGCCCUCCAGGGCCGAACUAUACGCAGCAGCAGUGGCAAAACACGAGACAAAGCUUCCCGAGUUCCAAGCCGGCGCCACAACGCCUUCUCCCCGCCGACGACUCGGCCACCCGCACGCCGCCGCCUUCCACAUCCCAUCCGUGAGUGGACCCUCACAUUCUCAGUCUGCGUCCGCGCCCGACACUCCCAGGAAGAUCCGCGGCGAGUCUCCCUUCCCGGUGUAUUGGGUCGAAGUCCUCGACGUCGCCCACCAAAAGUGGCACCCGGUCGACCCUCUUGUCACCUGCACGCAGUGGAAACCGCGCGCGCUCGAACCGCCCGCAUCCGACAUCAACAACUGCCUGAGCUACGUAAUCGCCUUCGAAGCCGACUCCAGCGCGCGCGACGUCACCCGCCGCUACGCCAAGGCGUACAACUCUAAGACCCGCAAGCUGCGCAUCGACGGCGCCGUCAGCACCACCACCACCACCACCACAACAACAACAACAACAGCAACCCCGGGAAACCCAACACCCCUCGACAACGCCCGCUGGUACCACCGCCUGCUGCGGCGCUACGCCCGCCCCGUGCCGACCGACCUGGACCAGAUCGAGCGCAACGAGCUGGCCGCCGAGGAGGCGCGCGAGCCGAUGCCGCGCAACGUGGCCGACUUCAAGGACCACCCGGUCUACGCGCUGGAGCGCCACCUGCGCCGCCACGAGGUGCUGGCGCCGGGCGCGCAGGCCAUCGGCACCGUCAGCGCGGGCGCCCGCGCGCCGCUCGAGCGCAUCUAUCGCCGCGCCGACGUCAAGGUGGCGCGCUCGAGGGAGCGUUGGUAUCGCUUGGGCCGGGUGGUUCGGGACGGGGAGGAGCCGGUCAAGAGUCUGGUGAGGAAGAGGAGAGGAGGCCGGGUAAAAAUAGGUGGGGAUGAGGAGGAGGAAGAAGAAGAUGAUGAUGAUCCGGAUAGGGUCGGGUUGUUCGGCGAUGCCGCGCCGGGGAGUGUGCCGCUGUACCUGCUGGAGCAGACCGAGGCGUAUGUGCCGCCGCCGGUGGUGAACGGGCGGGUGCCGAAGAACAAGUUCGGGAAUCUGGACCUGUACGUGCCGAGCAUGGUCCCCCGCGGCGGCGUGCAUGUCGCGCACGAGCGGGCGGCGCAGGCGGCGUUCAUCUUGGGCGUGGACUAUGCGCCUGCCCUGACCGGGUUUGAGUUCAGGGGCAGGCACGGCACGGCGGUGCUGAAUGGCGUGGUGGUCCCGGAGGAGGCCGCCGAGGCGGUGCGCGCCGUGAUUCAGGGGCUGGAGGAUAUGGAGGCCGAGGAGGAGCAGGAGAGGAGGACGAGGACGGCGCUGCGCAUGUGGAGCCGCUUCUUGAAGGGGCUGAGGAUCAGGGAGAGAAUCUGGGCCGGGGUGGAUGAGGCGGAGGAGGCGGAGGCGGAAGCCGAGAGGCGGCGGGAAGCAGAAGGCAAAGGGAAGGGGAAAGAGCCGGAAGGGCAGGAUGUCGGCAUGGCAGAUGCCAUGAGUGACGAGGAGGUCGGAGGUGGAGGGUUCUUUGUGCCGGAUGAGGAGGACGACGCGGAUGACGACAGGACCCCAUUUUUGAAGAACCGAGAGCAAAUGGGCUCCAAAGCGAAGACCCAACCCUCGCAACCACCAGUGCCCGCCAACUGGCCGGCCCACAUCCGCUACCUCACACGGGCCUCUUACUCACCGUAUCUUACCCCGGCCCACCUCCGCGCCCUCCGCACCCGGCCGGCGGCAGACCCAUCCGACCCGGUCUUGGAGAUCCCCCGCAAUCUCAAGCCGGGCCCGUGCCCGUCGGUGCGCAUCGUCCCGAUCAUCGACCCGAACCACCCCGCCUACGGCCAAGCAGGCCUCUUCGCGACCCGCGACCUCGCGCCGGGCGAGUUGAUCCUGCCCUACCUGGGCGAGGUGCACGUCGGCACGCCGCCGUUCGGCCGCCAGCCAUCGGGCUCGGGCUCCGAUGACCGCGACAAACGCGACAACAUGUACUGCAACCGUGGCGGCGCCGGCGCCGGCGCCGGCGCCGACGACUACGACUACGCCGCGUCGGACUACGACCUGUGGCUGGACCGCGACGCCGACCUGGCCGUCGACGCGGCGCGCGCGGGCAACGAGGCGCGCUUCAUCAACGACUACCGCGGCGUGCCCCUGCCGCAGCCGCAGCCGCAGCCGCAGCCGCGGUUGGAGGGUCUAGGCCGGGCGCAGGGCCGGGACGGGGGCCGGAGCGGGGGGAGGCCGCAGCGGCGCAGGCCGAACGCCGAGUUCAGGGUCGUCUGGGAUCCGCGCGUCGGCGAGCGCUGCAUGGCUGUGUUCGUGCUGCCUGCGGGCAAGAGGGCCGUCGGUAGGGCCAGGACGGUCGGGAUUGCGCGCGGCGAGGAGGUGUUGGUUAGUUAUGGGAAGGGGUUUUGGCAGGGCCGGAAGGGGGUGGGAGAGGGCGACGAGGAGGAGGAAGGGGGGCUGGUUGAGGAAGGGGAAGGGGGCCCGGCGGAUGUAAAGUAG